AUGAGAGCUCUUACUGACGUGGAGACGCAAACUCUCUUCAGCAAACUUGCAAACUACACUGGCCGUUCGCUGACUCAACUGAUCGCCCCAAGCGAUUCUACCGGCGACGACGACGACCGCCACGUCUUCCGCCUGCACGAGUCCCGAGUCUACUAUGUCCGGCUAUCGAUCGCAAACCUGGCGACAUCCAUCGCCCGUGACCAUCUCCUGUCUCUCGGCACUUGCGUAGGCAAGUUCACCAAAACUGGCAAGUUUAGACUGCAUAUUACUGCGCUGGAUGUGAUUGCGCCGCACGCCAGAUAUAAGCUGUGGAUCAAACCGAAUGGCGAAAUGCCGUUUCUAUAUGGUGGCAAUGUUGUGAAGGCACAUGUUGGCAGGUGGAGUGAGGAUUGUCCUGAACAUUCGGGUGUGGUAAUACUGGCAAUGGAUGAUACACCGCUUGGCUUCGGGGUCACUGCUAGAUCAACUGCUGAAGCAAGGAAGUUGGAACCGACUUCGGUCGUGGCAUUCCGGCAGGCGGAUGUGGGCGAAUAUCUUCGAGAAGAGGAUACUCUGUUCACCACUUGA